AUGGCCGCGGCUGUUAUGCUGGCCGCCGGGCUCCGCGUAGUGCGCCGGGGGGUGGCGGCUGCGGGACCGCUGGGAGCGCAGGUCCGAGGAGCUGCAGGUGCAACGGAUGGAAAUGAAGUGACCAAGGCCCAACAGGCAGCUUCUGGGGGAGCAGCCCCAACCAUCUUCUCUCGGAUCCUGGACCGAAGCCUCCCAGCUGACAUUCUAUUUGAGGACCAUCAGUGUCUUGUGUUCCGUGAUGUGGCCCCUCAAGCUCCUGUGCACUUUCUGGUCAUUCCUAAGAAGCCCAUUCCUCGGAUUAGUCAGGCUGAAGAGAAGGAUCAGCAGCUUCUAGGACACCUCCUCCUUAUUGCCAAGAAGGUAGCAAAGUCUGAGGGCCUAGCAGAUGGAUACCGACUUGUGAUCAAUGAUGGGAAGCUGGGCGCACAAUCUGUAUACCACCUGCACAUUCAUGUACUUGGGGGCCGACAACUCCUCUGGCCUCCAGGUUGAACCAACUGACCAACAACCCCAGACCUAGAUGCUUGGAUAGGGAGGGGGGAAAAAGGACUCUGUAAUGCCAAUAAAUCUCUCCU